UAACCACCUCCUCUCUACUUGAAUGAACUGCAAGUGCAAAGUCAUAUUACACUCACUGUUUAGUGCACUUGAGAGAGAGAGGGAAACGUACCCGAGGGCAUUCUACGGUUAAUAGUUACACAGACAACACUUGUUUCCAGUCACCGAUUUUCACGGACAAUGGAGCCUCAUGUAAACGCGAAGCGGCUUUUUAAUCACGCGACAACACUGAAGCUUCACACGGGGAAUUUAGUCAACCGCAGUCGACUUAAGAAGAAAUGUCCGUCUUCACCCAGUGAGGAGCUGCAAGACUGCAUCCAAGGCACACUGAGCGAGUGGUUUGCUGCAGUGUCGUCAUCUCUUGACUCUGAGCUUCCCAGCACUCUGGACUGCACUAUUCCCGAAAACACAGAGGCCAUCACUCCAGAGGAGAGAGAGGAGCUGAAAGUGUCUGUCAAGCUUUUUCUCACUGAGUCGGACUGUUCAUCCAUCAGAAGUGCGGUGGACAUGGCUUGUCUCUCGUUAGGCGUAUCUCAGUUGGACUCUGUGAUCAUUGCUCCACCUCCUCUCCCCGAGGGUGAGGCACAGAUGCUGACCCACCUGCAGCCGCUGUGGGAGGAACUGGAAAGUCUUGUGCACAGCCAGAAGAUCGCUGCCAUCGGCACGUCCGACUUGGACAAAACUCUUCUAGAGCAGCUGUAUAACUGGGCUCAGGUAAAGCCAAGUAGUAAUCAGGUGAAUCUGGCCUCGUGCUGUGUGAUGCCUCCAGACCUCACUGCAUUUGCUAAAGAGUUCGACAUACAAUUGCUUACACACAAUGACCCUAAAGAGCUAAUCAGUGCAGGAGGCUUCCAGGAAGCUGUGCAGGGGAGCAGUAAGGACCUGCAGGUGGACGAUUGGAGGCUGGAGUGGGUCUUACGGUACUCCAUCAUAGUCAAGAGCAGAGGCAUCAUAAAAGCAAAAGGCUACAUUGUUCAUGCUAAAAAGGGCAACAACCUUUAACAUAUCCAGUUCGAACAAGGCACAUAAAAAUGUCCGGAGCUACUAAAUUUUUACAGGCAUUUUACAGGUUCAAGACUUCAUUGAAUCUGAAUUUUCAAUAGAACAAAAAUUCACUCACUUUUUCCUCAUGAUUUAGAAUAUUUAGACAGCUACCUGUUCGGGUAGAUAAAUGCAAAGUGCCUCUUGUUUUCCUGACCUGGCCUGGUUUAACUCUCUGUACAAAACAAUGGUUGAUAGGACAAGAUGCUUCAAAUACCAUAAGAUUGUUUUAUUAAACAUUUUCUGUUUUAUUUUAAAAAGUUAACCACUUUUUUUUUUAAAGAGUGGGCCACAUAGUUGUAUUUUUCACUUUCAAUUUUAAUGUCAAAUUUUGAGUCCUGCUGGCAUUUAAAGUUUGUCUAAUUUAUUUUGAUCGAUGCUUUGCUUGGAAUGUUAUCUAAAUGUUUUCCUAGCUGUUUUCAACAGAUGAUUCUAUCUCUUUUGCAUCCCUUUGUAAACAAAAUGACUUGCUUAUCUGAUAAAAAGAAAUAUUCAAAUAUGUGACUGUAUGGGAGGCUGUAAACAUGCAUGGCAUGAACGGCAUUAACUCAUUGUAUAUAAGAACACUGGAAAAUUCCACACUUGGAGAAAAAUAAUGAUUAUAGUUCCAGUAUCCAACGAAUAGUCAGAAUAUAUAUUUUUACCUGUGUUAUUUAUUCAUUGUAAUGACGAUUCAUUUUGGAGCCAAUCAUAUAAUACAGUUUUUUUCUUUCAUGUACUGUACAUG